AUGGCGUCCCAGGCUCCCUCCGGCUCCAAGCAGCUUCCCGAUAUGAUGACUUCCAUCCGUAUCACCGCACAGGGUGAUGUCGAGAUUGUCGACCAGCUCCUCCUGCCCCACACUGUCAAGUGGGACAAGGUGUCGACCCCCGAGGAGGCCUUUGACGCCAUCAAGUCGAUGAAGAUCCGCGGUGCCCCCGCCAUUGCUUCGCUUGCUGCUCUCUCGAUCCGCUCGCACCUCUCAUCAGCCAACGCUCCCACGUUCGCUUCCCCCGCCGAGGUGGCGGCUCACGUCUCGCCCAUCCUCGACUACCUCCAGUCGUCGCGCCCCACUGCCGUCAACCUCUCUGAGGCCAUGAACCGCAUCCGUGCCGUCCUCAAGAAGGAGGGCGGUGCCGGUGACGCCGCUGCCGCCACGGACCUCGUCGAGACUCUCAAGGCCAUGUGCUUUGCCGUCCACGAGGAGGACAUGGAGCGUAACCGCACCAUGGGUCGUCUCGGUGCCGAGUGGCUCUGGAAGCAGCGUGGUGGAAAGGACGGCAAGAAGGCCCUCAAGGUCAUCACCGUCUGCAACACUGGUUCGCUCGCUACCUCUGGCUACGGAACCGCCAUCGGUGUGAUCACUGCCCUCUUUGAGGCUGACCAGCUCGACACUGCCUACUACGCCCAGACCACCCCUUACCACCAGGGCUCGCGUCUCACCUCGCUCGAGCUCACCACCCUCCGCAUCCCCGCUUGCAUGAUCUGCGACACCAUGCUCGGCUCGCUCAUGCAGCACAACGACAUUGACGGUGUCAUUGUCGGUGCUGACCGUAUCGUCAAGAACGGCGACACGGCCAACAAGAUUGGUACCUACCAGGCGGCUGUCCUCGCCCAGCGCCAUGGUGUCCCCUUCAUUGUCGCUGCUCCCGUCACCACCGUCGACCUCUCGCUCGAGACCGGCGCCGAGAUCCACAUUGAGCAGCGCCCGCCCGUCGAGGCUACCCUCGUCCGCGGCCGCAACGUCGAGACUGGCGGCAUGUCGGUCGUCCGUAUCUCCCCCGAGGGUGUCGGUGCCGGCCCCGAGCCCUGGAACCAGGUCUACAACCCUUCGUUUGACGUUACCCCCGCCGAGCUCAUCAGCGCUGUCGUCACUGAGAAGGGUGUUGCUGUCCGUGCCGAGGGUGCCAAGAGCAUUGACGUUGCAUCGGUGUGCUAG